AUGACGUCGUUCAAGGACAAUAUUUCAUCCGAGAGGUUGUUAAGGGGAGCACAACUCGCUUCGUGGGUCGUUGUGGGUGGGUAUGGUGUUGCGCUCGCUUACCAUUUCGGGUUCCUCCGAUCCAUUUUUCCGAAAAGUAUAGCGGCUUCGUUAGAGUGUGCGGUUGAGAAAGUUAAAUCAUGGACCGAGCCAGUGGGUGACAGCGUACGUUACGCCGUUGUGCGCCGCCACUUGACGCAGGUGUAUUCCAUUGCUUCUGUGGGUAUGCUCGCCGGGGCACUCGGUGCAGCGUUGUUUUUCUCCUUUCCAAAGGUCCCCAUUGCCAUUCCUGUAUCUCUUACAGUGGCACCUGCGGCUCUGCUUCUUUUGCUACCGAGAGAAGUGAUGUUCCCCGCUUGUCGGGUUGCGUGUUUUCUAACCUCAAGUUUUGCCGUUGGAUGCUCCUUCGCACCAAUUGGUUGGGUGGCGUGGGAUUCACUUUCCAUUUUGAUGAUGCUGACGGCAAGCACCAUGUCGGGACUCUGUAUCCCACUUUUCCUCACUCGGGGAAUGGCCAGUUAUGUCUUAAGCUCUCAGCUGCUCUCCUGUGCUGCCACUAUCAUCGCACUAACAACGACACCACCGCUACUGACCUCCACGGGCCUAAACAAUGGUGGUGCGACUGAAGUUGUGAGGGUGCUCCAGCGGACCGACGUCAACGUCCUGCUUGUGAUGCAGCUUAUGAUGAACUGGGGGAUCAAUCUGUUGCAUACGCUCCCCACCAUUGCGCGUUUUGUCAAGUGGCGCGGGUCGGAGGACGAGUUAUUACUGACCGUGGAUCCGGUAAAGGAGGCAUUGUGCAUCUGCAGUGGAGGGGCAUAUGUAUUCUGGCGUUGUUCGCAGUGGGCUUGCCGAAGGCUUGUUGAAGGUACUUUAGGUGCCGGAGUGGGGGGCGAGGCGGAGAGAAGGGGGCAUCAUGCGACCACAUUGUAUGAUCAUUUGAAAUCAACAAUGCGGUCGCGUCGAGUCGUUGAUGCUGGAGCAACAGUCAUGUUAGUGCUGUGCUACGUGCGGGCAGUGUCUACAUUACAGAAAGGUGAGACAGUGAAGGCUUUGGAGACGCUACGUGUGUGUUGUGCCCGGGUUUCUCCUAUUAGCCUCGUCUUAACGCGUGUAUGA